GAGGGAUUCUUCUGGUGCUGUGAGAUGUCGAGUGCAACGAGCGGCGGUGACUGAGGGGCUGAGGGGACUGUCCUCUGUGCAGGGCCUCGUAUUAGACCCUGGGCCUCGGGUGCCCCUGUCGUCUGCAGUUUUGUCUUUCAGAUAUUCUAACAUUAGUAAAUACCCAGAGCCAAAUUAGAUAUGUACUUGGACAGGCUUUGUAGCAAGGAUAAAUGACUCCAGAGAAGACUGUUCUGUGGAAAAGCUUUGUAAUGAGGAGCUUAAGAGAACUGAUAGCUGUUCUUUUUCAGAACAUGUAGAGAAAUAUUUUAUUUGAUCCUCACACUACCCUUUUGAAGUAGAUCGUAGCCCCAUUUUACAAAUGAGGGUAUGAAAAGCAGAUAAUCAUUUAAGCCUCUACUUGGUACCAUAGUAGAUUUCUGCUCCUGACAAAAGUACAUGGUGACACAGGCAGAGAGAUGGAAAGCUUGAUGACUAGUUCUACUCUACCGCCCCUUUUUGCAGAUGAAGAUGGCUCCAAGGAGAGUAAUGAUCUGGCUACCGCUGGGUUAACACACCCAGAGGUUCCCUACAGUAGUGGAGCCCCAUCAUCCACCAACAACACCGAGUUUGUGGAGGAUCUCUCCCAAGGCCAGCUGCUUCAGAACGAGUCUUCAAAUGCUGCAGAAGGCAGUGAACAGCGACAUGAAGACGAGCAAAGAAGUAAACGAGGAGGUUGGUCCAAAGGGAGAAAGAGGAAGAAACCUCUUCGAGACAGCAAUGCACCCAAAUCUCCCCUUACAGGAUAUGUUCGGUUCAUGAAUGAGCGCCGAGAACAGCUUCGAGCAAAGAGACCAGAAGUCCCUUUCCCAGAAAUCACAAGGAUGUUAGGCAAUGAGUGGAGUAAACUGCCUCCUGAGGAAAAGCAGCGCUACCUUGAUGAAGCAGACAGAGAUAAGGAGCGUUAUAUGAAGGAACUGGAGCAGUAUCAGAAGACCGAGGCCUACAAGGUCUUCAGUAGGAAAACCCAGGACCGGCAGAAAGGCAAAUCUCAUCGGCAAGAUGCAGCCCGACAGGCGACCCAUGAUCAUGAGAAAGAAACAGAAGUCAAGGAACGGUCUGUGUUUGACAUCCCCAUAUUUACAGAGGAGUUCCUGAACCACAGCAAAGCACGUGAGGCCGAGCUGCGCCAACUUCGGAAGUCCAACAUGGAGUUCGAGGAGAGGAAUGCAGCCCUGCAGAAGCACGUGGAGAGCAUGCGCACAGCUGUGGAGAAACUGGAAGUGGACGUGAUCCAGGAGCGCAGCCGCAACACAGUCCUGCAGCAGCACCUGGAGACCCUGCGGCAGGUGCUGACCAGCAGCUUUGCCAGCAUGCCCUUGCCUGGAAGUGGUGAGACACCAACAGUGGACACCAUUGACUCCUAUAUGAACAGACUGCACAGUAUUAUUUUAGCAAACCCUCAAGACAAUGAAACCUUCAUAGCUACAGUGCGGGAGGUUGUGAGCAGGCUCGAUCGCUAGGGAACGGUCUUACAGCUCCCAGAUGUCCCAUAAGUGUUUUCACUUGUGUGGAAUGAGAAGCCAUCCAUGGAAAUUGGAACUGUUGGGGACCCAGAAGGACCACAGACCCCUCUGCUUGUGAAGAAUCAUCAGUGAGUGCAGCGCCUGUGCCCCAGGAAGCCAGAUGAGGGAGCGAAGAGGCACAUAUGUGAGAACUCCCUACAGAUCUUCCUCGGCGAGCUUUCAAAGUGUACAGCCACUCUGAGUCUUCAAGUCUUUGUCUCCUGUCAUCUCCAUCUGUGUUAAAGCAGAUCUGCAUAUAUUCUGCUGACUGGAUGACUGUGAAACCACCGCAGCCCCACCUACAGCAGGCAGGAAGACUUCCUGUUGUCUCAGUUCCAAUUGGACCCUUUUAUUACUGGAGCUCCAGUUUUCUCACCUAGCUGUCACUUUUUUUAAAUGCCUUUGGGGUGAUUUUUGCUUUCCUUCACCCCCACCAAGUUACACAUCUCUGUUUUCUGACCUCUGGGCUCUUGCUCAGCGGGGCUCUGAAGGAGCAGUUCUCUCAUUGGAUGGCCCCAAUCUUCUCCCAUCAUGCCCCGCUGUGACUGCGAAGAGAGGAGCUUCUUGUUGACAGUGCCCUGUGGAGCGAGGCUGUGUUCCCCACCCCACACAGUGCUCAGUGGGCGCCAGCCCUCCUCACGGGCAGCUUUGUGAUUGCUGCCCUGAAGGGGAAGGCGCCUUCUUCCUCCCCGAGUUGCCUGCUGUUUUCUGAGCAGUGCUCCUCCACAGACAUGGUGUCCCCGCCCCAGCAAGGCUCUUCUGUCCCCAUCUGUUGGCAGUAUCUUGUGGAGCAUUUUGCCGAGGAAAAGGUCAUUGGUAGACAAGGAGAAGGGGAAAAAGGAGUUUUUGUUUGGUAUUUAUUCUUUUUAAGCCCAGAUUUUAUCCUGAGUGAACCUGAGGUUAUCCCUGUCUCGUUUAGGUGUGAGAUUCACAGACUUCGGUGUAAGCGGUUUUGGAAAUAGUCUCUCGAGCUGGCAGAAAGGACAAGAGGAACUUUCAUGUCCUCUGUCUUCCUUCUAUAGCCAUGAACUGCUGAAUAUGUGCAAAAGGAGUAGGAUUUCUCUUUCUUUCCCUCUCCCUAGCAAGGGAUUUUUGAUUUUUUAACAGCAAAAGUGAAGAGUGUUCUGAUCAUCUCCUCAGGGUCUUUUUUCUUUUCUCUUUACGUUCUAGAGCACAAGGCUGAAGGUGGCAGCUGAGAUCUUUGGAACCAAAGCAGACCAUGCUGGGCCUAUGGCCUUGGCAUCCCACCACUGAAGGCAGGUGGAUGGCAGUGUGGCCCGUCACAGUGUGCCCCAAAGCCCUGGUGCAAGCCAGGAAUCCUGUCUUGUAGCUGCACCAUUUCCUCUCAACACUGUGAUCUUCUUGCCUGUGUUUGUCAGUCCCAAGGAAAUUAGAGUAACAAGAAGUGUCACUCUGUGAUGUCUUGUGUGAACACAGUUUCUCUGCACUGAAGCCCACCUGCCACCACUUGGCAGUUUUUAGAACCAGACCACUUCCUUCAUUCUCUGUUGCUAUAAAGCGAACAGCUCCCCUAUUUUCCCAUUUCCUUUCUCUCAUCAUAGUAUUUUUGCCCCUUAGAUUCCUUGUCUGCUGAGUCCAAGCUAGACCUCGCUGUCUGUGGCAGAAGGACGUCAAAGCUGGCUCUGGAAGUUGGUAUCUGCCUUCUGCCAGAUGCUUUCUGUCCGCUCUUCCUUCCUCUCGAUAUUUCUGUUUCUGCUUUGUAUUCAGUUUCGUGCAGCGUCAGCAGCACUGCUUUUGUGGUCAGAAACGGCUGUGACUAGCUGAACACCUCACAAUGACUGGACACGCAUGCAUGUGCAGGGGCACAGCUGGGACAGCCUGCAUGCAGCAUAGAGCCACACUCACAGAAGCAGCUCCAUACCUGCCUCACGGUGCUGUGGGACCGUGAGGUAACAGGGAGAGAGGCUUGUGCUGCUCCUCUUUGUGCUGUCCAGGCUGGCACAACGCCUCAUUGCUGUGUCCCAGGAGACCAGUAGACACUCCUGCGCUGACGCGUUCUCUUAAGAAAUAAGCUGUUGCCUAUUCAGUGUUAAAGGCUCCCUUCUUUCUUUUUAUUAAAACACAAGGAGCAGCUGAGGAAAGGGAGACAAGGUGUUGUAUUUCUGACAAGUUUUAGAAAAAAUAUUGUGUACAUGUGUUUGGAACUGUUGAAAUGCCAAGUUUUCUGUACAAGUGUUUUUGUAAUUAAACUUUUAGAUUUUCUUUGUUUUUAAAGAAGUUAAUAUGCUUGCUUGACAUUUGUCUCAUUAAAACUUUUUUAUGUUGAAUCUACCUGAUCCAGUUCUACUUGUAGUAAAAAAAAGAAUCCUACUGCUGCUUUUUCUUCGUAAAGGCUUUGUCAACUCCACAUUAAUCAUCAAGUCUGCUAGGCUUUCAAAACAGUAGCACAUUCAUUUUACUAAUUGCUUAUUCAGAAUGUGUCUUCACCUGUUUGAAAAUUCAGCUCUUCAAUGUAUGAUACAACAAUACAGUGAGUCCUGAUUUAUUUUAAUAUGGCAGUAGUAUUCUGGAGGCAGCUUGGAGGAUAUGUUUAAAGUCAGUGACUCUGAAGUUCCCUUGAUAGGCAAUCUUUUGACAGAAGUAAGCUGUGCUUAACUGUUUGCUUUUAAAAAAUAACUGCUACUUAUCCAGUCAAAAUAUGUUUAAAGGAAAUGCUUUUAAGGUCCCUAAGGUCAGGUGGCCUGGCUUCCAGUGCCUUCUGCUGUCCAGGUAGCCAGCUGUGUAACGUUGCUUUGUUUCAACUCCAGUGUCCUCCUGUAACAACACACACCUGAGCUUUUACAGUAUUAUUAGGAGGAGAGAAUUAGACAACAGAAACCACCGUGAGAUACCAGGGUGUCAGAGUUAAGAUGGAGUCCGACUACAUCUAACAGAAAUCCAGAUCAGCAACAGCUUUAAUAAGAAGCAGAUUGGCCUCCUAGAAACUCAUGCCAGCCUGAGACCAGCGUGGAGACUCUCGUCUGCACCACAGCAUGAUUUCUUUCUCAAGGUCACUUCAUGGUCCAAAAUAGCCACUUGGCCGACAGCCAUCAUUUUGAAGUUCCUGGCAGUGUGAAGGAAAGAAGGCAAGGACAAAUCGGCAAGCAAGCCUAGAUUUCUAAGAGUCUUCCUGGAAAUCAUACUCAACACUUUCACUUAAUUUGGCCAGAACCCAGUCACAUCCAAGAAAUGUCAUAUUCUUGUGUACUGCCCCCAAUAAUGUACAAGUUUUAGCAGAGAAGAAGGAAAAAAUGAAUAUAGAGUAGGCACUAAAAUUAAUGUCAUGACUUGUAUGUAUGACUACACUGAGCCCAGUCCAGCUGUAUUAGUGAACAGGAUGUCUUAUCUUUCCUUUGCCUCUUGGCCUUUUUACGUGCCCACCCCCCAAACUAGAAAACAAACUAGUUUCAGUCUGAAUUGGCAUUUCCUGUUCCCACCUUACCUCCUCCCCUACCCUUCAACAGCUGGUGGCCAGGUUUGUUUGGCAGAAGUCAACAUAAACAGGUGGUAAUACUUCCGCUAUUUGUUUGUGCCCUUUCUCUUAACUGCUCAGCAUCUGCUGGAUUAAAACAACACCAGGAUAAUCUCCCCCUAAGGGUGGGGAUAUUGAAGUACUGUUUGACAGAAAAGCUCAUAGCUACUUCCUGCCCUCUGAAAGAAUUUCCUGUCUUGUAACAGAGAGCUCCAAAUCGGGGGUUUUUUCUUUGUUUUAUUUACCUUUGACAUUGUCUACACUCAGAUACUAUGUGCUUUACAGUAUCCAUAGAUACAAACACUUGCUAAUGCGCUAAGUCAUAAAGAAAGGUAAGGAUUGAGAGUCAAGAAGAUCAGGUGAAAAUGUUAAUGCCUAGCAAAAGGCAGAAUGGAGAAGGAUUCUCCAGAGCAUAAGACUGGCACUGGGAAAUUAAGAACAGACAGUGCAGGUUUUCCAGGUAGAAAGAAUUUUGUAAAUCACCCACAACACUAGGUCAGUUGGAAAACAAAAGGACUAGGCACAGGGUCUCUUCUUUGUAUUUCCAACACUUCACCCAACACCUAAGAGCCGGUGUUCUUUAUAAUCAGCUCAUCCUCAUUUCAGUUCACUAUUUGAGGCUAAAAAGGUGUUCAUAAAAUGUGAUUUCAGACAACUGUAGUGGAAAAGAUAAGUGCGUAUAUAAAAAGUUCUAACAUAACAGACAUGUAUAAGUAGAGAUUUAAUAAAGGUAACUUUUUUAAAAAAAAAA